CAGCACUCCAUUUACUGGCUGUUUAUGGAUGUGCCGGUUUUGUGACUCAUCCUGCCACCGUGACCAAAGAGCAUGUACAGAAGGGAAGAAAACAGUAGGAAGGCUGGUCUGGGCCUCAGGGGACCGGCAGGGAAACGGUUAGGGUCGUGAGGCGCAGAGGCCGGUUCAGCGGCGCUGGCAGAUGCGAAGACAGAUCCUUGAAGGGGCCUUGACGGCAGCUGCGCUGUCGGCGCGCGCGCGCCUCCUGCUGGAGUUCUGGUAUUGUGUCGGUGCGCCCUUGUUUGUGUUUGCCAGGCGGACUCCCUUCGCCUGCGCUCCGUAGUCUGCGGCCCAGCGCGCGCUGACUAGGGCCGCUGUAGCGCCACGAGUCAUUGGGAGCUCUCCCGGCGUUUUCUCCCAGACUACACCAUGCCGGUGGUGCUAGGUCUUGAAGGCAGCGCCAACAAGAUCGGCGUGGGAGUGGUGCGGGAUGGCGAGGUGCUGGCGAACCCGCGGCGAACCUACGUUACGCCUCCAGGCACAGGAUUCCUCCCAGGUGCUACUGCCAGGCAUCACCGAGCUGUUAUCCUAGACUUACUGCAGGAGGCACUAACAGAAGCAAAAUUAUCCUCCCAAGACAUUGAUUGCAUUGCUUAUACCAAAGGUCCUGGCAUGGGUGCCCCAUUGGCUUCCGUAGCGAUUGUAGCCCGUACGGUGGCCCAGCUGUGGAAUAAACCGUUGGUAGGUGUGAACCAUUGUAUAGGCCACAUUGAAAUGGGCCGCCUCAUCACUGGAGCCAACUCUCCAACUGUGCUAUAUGUCAGCGGAGGAAAUACUCAGGUCAUUUCCUACUCAGAACAUCGGUACCGAAUCUUUGGGGAAACCAUUGAUAUUGCUGUGGGUAAUUGUCUGGAUCGCUUUGCUCGAGUGCUGAAGAUUUCCAAUGACCCAAGUCCAGGUUACAACAUUGAACAGAUGGCAAAACGAGGCAAGAAGCUAGUUGAGCUGCCAUAUACUGUAAAGGGGAUGGAUGUCUCAUUCUCAGGGAUUCUAUCUUUCAUUGAGAAUGCAGCCCAUCGGAUGUUAGCCACAGACGAGUGUACUCCUGAGGAUCUGUGUUUCUCCCUCCAGGAAACUGUGUUUGCAAUGCUGGUGGAGAUCACAGAGCGAGCCAUGGCCCAUUGCGGCUCCCAGGAGGCCCUCAUCGUGGGAGGUGUUGGAUGUAAUGUGAGGCUGCAGGAGAUGAUGCAGACGAUGUGCCAGGAACGUGGAGCCCAGCUUUUUGCCACAGAUGAGAGAUUCUGCAUUGACAAUGGAGCCAUGAUAGCCCACGCUGGCUGGGAGAUGUUUCGGGCUGGACACAGGACCCCUCUCAGUGAUUCUGGGAUUACACAAAGGUAUCGAACAGAUGAAGUAGAAGUAACAUGGAGGGACUAACAAGGUUAACAAGAUCAGAAUAGGUAGUUCCCUGAGUGGAGCUCAUAGGACCCUGGGCGUUAAUCUCUCUCCUGAUGUGGGAAUCCUGGCCAUGCUGUGAACUCCCCUUUCCCUUGGGAAGACUGUGGAUACCACAAAAGGUUUGGGGUCCCCUGUAGAACUUCAAGAUGAAUCAGCAAUAAAAUACUUUUUUUUGGUAUUGAGAAUGGAAUGCAGGACCUUACUCUUGCAAGGCAGGUGCAGCACCACUGAGCUAAAUCCCUGGCCCAGUAAUAACUCCCUGUGCUGACUGCCUCAUACUCAUUUUAAUUUUUUGAAGUAGGUGUUCAGGACUUCCCUCAAAAUAUCCUGGAGAUAAAUCUGAUUUGAAACUCAAAGAUGAAACUGUCCCUUCAUACACUUUGUGCCACAUAUUCCCACACAUCAUCGCCAGCAAAUGUGAUUGGGCCCCAUAUAUACACUCCUCCCUAUCAUGACCACCAGAAUUAUUAAUCUUGCCCUUUAUCUUCAGUAUAUCACCACAAGAAGUCCCAAACCACCAUCACCUUAUCUUACACUCUAGUAUUCAUACAUUUCUUCUCCCUGUGUUUGGUUCCCAUCUGCCUGCCUUUGCCAACUCCUGAAAGCUUACUGCUUACUCCAGAACUAACAGCCAGUCAUUUGCAAAGCUUCUUAUAUUCUCCACCUCUUGCCUACACCUCUUUGAAUGUUUCCUUACCGUUCUUGCUUUGAGACCUGGUUUCUCAUGAGGACUCCUAUCACCUCGCUAAUAUAGGUGAUUUCCACAUGCAUUGUAACUUUAGGCCUGGAAGUGGUGCAGGUGUAUUUGUUCUUUUUAUACUAUUUCCAGACCAUCCUUCCUCAUCCCUGAUACCCAUUUGAAGCAUUAGAUAUCCUGGACCUAUACCACUCUUGUCAUAAAGCUUGAUUUCAGUAUCUGUGUAGAUCACUCCUCUAAUGUCCACUUCAACAACGCACUGCCUUGGUCAUAGUCUAGGCCUGUAUUUCCCUCCUAUCUCACUCUCAGAUGUCCCACUCUCCUACCAUUGUCUCCUGUCUUUCCAGAUGAUUCCCUUUACAUUGUUGAGUCCAGCAAUUCAUCCUUUCAGUGGGGCCUAUAGUCUUUUAUUGUACUUUGCACCCACUUUAUUCCCCAUCUUCAUUUCCUUUCUUCUCUAGCUAAAUUCCAGUAAUAAACACCGUAUUGCAUAUACCUUAUCUCCCUUGCCUGUGUUUUACUUUGACCACACGACUACUUUCCAGCAUCGGUGCUCAUAGACUUGGCCUUCCUUCAUGUUACCAUAAACCAGUAGCUCUCAAGUAGGGCUGAUUUUGUACCUCAGAGGACAUUGGGUUGUCACAAUAGGGUAGAGAUAUUGUAAAGUACCCUGUAGUACACGGAAGCCCCUGCACCUCUCCCCGACAAAAAAUUUAUGCACAAAAUGUCAUUGGUGUUGAGGCUGAGAAACCCCGCUGUGAACAGUGUCCUUCCUGUCUACAGUUUUGUGCUGUAGACAUAUCCUCUAGCUUUUAAGGACCUGGCUCAGCAGUUCUCCAGCCUUCUUCCUCCUUUUCCAUGGAGUCAGUAUUGUCCUUUCUGUCUUCAGGCGUCACAUCAGCAUAUAAAUAUUCUAUUUUUCUCAUUUUACAAAUGACACCUCCUGG